AUUAUAUCAAUUCAAUUCCUGCUCUACCCCUGAUAUUGCGCAUUGUGCUUUCAACGUAGUAUAGUAUUCUCACUAUGGCGCCUCCCACCUAUGCGGGGAUGUCAGGGCGGAAACUGUCCCUGACAGUGUCUACCAUUGCAACAAUGGGGUUCUUGCUUUUCGGAUAUGAUCAAGGUGUGAUGUCGGGCAUCAUCUCAGACCCGGCCUUCAACGACAUGUUCACGGCAACCAAGGACGACAAUACAAUGCAGGCUACUGUAACUGCAGUCUAUGAAGUCGGUUGUCUCUUCGGUGCAAUCCUCGCAUUGCUAUUUGGAGACCGGACGGGUCGCCGGUGGAUGGUUAUCUCUGGUGCCACUAUUAUGAUUGUCGGUGUCGUUAUUCAGGUGUCUGCUAUGCCCGGCUCGCUUCCCCUUCUUCAAUUCAUCUUCGGUCGAGUCAUUACUGGCAUUGGGAAUGGAAUGAACACUUCAACAAUCCCCACAUAUCAAGCUGAAUGUUCCAAGACCAGCAACCGAGGUCUUCUUAUCUGCAUCGAAGGUGGUAUCAUCGCAAUAGGUACAGCUAUUGCAUACUGGAUCGAUUAUGGUGCACACUACGGACCACAAGACCUCGUAUGGAGAUUUCCGAUCGCGUUCCAGGUCGUCUUCGGAAUCAUUAUUAUUGUCGGCAUGUUCUACCUACCCGAAUCACCUCGCUAUCUCAUCGCCCACGACAAAGUCGCCGAAGGCGAGCGGGUGCUCGCCGCGCUAGCUGGUACUGAGAUCGAGGAUCGUCACACCCAAACAGAAAAGAAUCUGAUUCUCGAUUCCGUCCGAGCUUCAGGAGCCACGAAAGCCAAGUUCAGCGAUCUGCUUACUGGUGGACCAUCCCAGCAUCUGCGCCGCAUGCUCGUGGGUUCGUCGUCGCAGAUGUUCCAGCAGAUCUCUGGCUGCAACGCUGUCAUCUAUUAUCUCCCAGUCUUGCUUGAGCAGUCUAUUGGUCAGUCGCAUAACUUUGCGCUCCUGAUCGGCGGUAUCAACAUGAUCUGCUACGCCAUCUUCGCGACGUUCUCAUGGUUCUUCAUCGAAAAGAUUGGCCGCCGUAAAUUGUUCCUGGGAGGCAGUUACGGGCAGUGCGCAGCAAUGAUCAUUGUAUUCGCCUGUCUUAUUCCUGGCGAUAAACAAAGUGCAAAGGGAGCCGUCUUCGGCUUUUUCCUGUACAUGUGUUUCUUCGGAGCCACUUGGCUGCCCUUACCAUGGCUCUAUCCUGCUGAACUCUCCCCUAUCAAGACCCGAGCCAAGGCCAAUGCCAUUUCCACAUGCAACAACUGGUUGUUUAACUUUACAGUGGUCAUGAUCACCCCUGUUAUGGUGGAGCAUAUCGGCUGGGGCACAUACCUGUUCUUCGCUGCAUGGAACGCGGUCUUCAUUCCCAUCAUCUGGCUUUUCUACCCAGAAACGGCAGGUCGUAGCCUGGAAGAGAUCGACCUGAUCUUCGCCAAGGGCUACGUGGAGAAUAUGAGCUAUGUGCGCGCGGCGAAAGAACUCCCCAAGCUCUCCGACGAUGAAAUCGAGGCCAAGGCAGCCGAGUACGGCAUCCUCGACAACAACGAGAAAGUCGAGGAGCGAAUCGCCGAACAUGCCCCGCAGGACUCGCAGGAAUACUCGUCCUACCUGCCCAGUCAACUAUAA